AUUUAUGCUAAAUAAUAAAAGGUCACCCACUAUUGCCUACCACUUAUGGUGAGGAAGCAGAGGCUAUUGCGGUUAUUACUGAGCGAGAAGUUGGAGACAGUGGAAGCUUGGGCUGCUAUAUUGGAGGAUGGUGGGGAAUACGAGGUCACUAUUGGUGCUGCGGUAGAUGGCCAAGAGGGAGGAGGUCGUGCACCAUUGAUCCGUUCGAUCAAUGAGGUGGUGCCACAUUUGCCGGGAUACACAAUGGUCUCUACGUCAUUGAAGGCGCUGAUGAGCUACGCCGUUGAGAAAUAUCCACGCCAAGUGAAUCAGCUUGUGCAAGAAUGGCUACGUGGUGGACACAGCGUUUACUUACGGAGGUGGGUAAUCCGCGACUGGCUUAAGUGUAGGAGCCUGACUUCAGUGGAUUCAGUUGAGUUGCUGCAGUGGAGACACGCAUUGUUUGUGGCGACUAUCAAUGAGACGGCCAAGGCUUUAAAGUGGGCGCUCUUGGGAUACCUCAAUGCAGUCGAUGAGGCUAUUGGAGAUCAAUUUGAAGACGGUAAGGUGACAACCAGGACUCCAGAUGCCGCGAUGCCAUCGAUGAAAAGUGUCGAGGAGCUGCUGGGCUUUUACUUUUUGCACGCUGAGCAACUGGCGAGUUGCAGUCUCCUUUGCGCUGCUAAACUACAUGCGUUAGCGGUACGGGAUCAGAGAAGCUCAGUGAAGCUCGUAGAGGACGAUGAGGUGCUGGUGAGACUGCGGUGGUCACUUAUGCUGAAGCCAAUGCUGUUCAAACCGCUACUACAACAUGCCAUCGCAUUGAAAACUAUGCCAGGCAAAGCUACGGCAAGCCAGUAUUGGAGCAGCGAAGAGUUGGAACGCCUUGUGGGGCUGGUUGAUAUCACCGAUCGGAUGACGUUCUUGGAUGAAAUGCACGCUAGAAGAGACGAGUUAGAGUGUGCAUUUAAGUCUGGCGUCGAACACAUUUACAGCUCCACGUCGAAGGAGCGAUCAGCUGUCGAAGCUGCUGUGGCAGAAUACCUCGGCUCACUUUCAGACGAGAAGAGGCUUUUACUGGUCAAAGAGCUCGAACGAGACUUGGAUGAGGCACCUCCUCACUUGUUCCCGUACGUCUUUAUGUUCUUUGGAUUGGUUCUCAGUGCGACGCUCUUGUUGCCAGACCAGGACCUAGUCGUAGAAGCAGUGAGUAUCCUCUUCGCACUCCUCUAUCGACGCACUCACGACGCUAAUAGCUGCCUUGACGCUUUCAGUCUGUUGCUUCGUCUCCAAGUAGCCUCAAACGUUAUCUGGCACGAUAAUGCGCUCUAUCUUCAAGCCAUUGAGUCCCUCUCGGAGCAAGCAACGCUACAAGUGGAGCCUAAACUCAAGUGGGUGGCCAGGAUGGCGCUGCACCAACUCCUGUUCGAGUGCGACGUCCAGGUCCUCCAACAUAACACACCCAAUCUGUCCAAACUCCUUCCUCGGUGCACAAUGCGCCUAGUGUCCAUGCGGCUCGGCAACUAAAAAAUCAUUUUAUUGUUUUUCUUCACGACGCUUUCCGCCUAGUUGCUGCCCUCCACAGGCUUGGACAUGCCUCCUUUCGGG